AUGGAUAUAUAUCUCUUUAAAAAUCUAGCGUUAAAACCCUAACCAUGGGGAGAGAGAUGCUUUAAAAAUUCCAUUCCAGCGUUAAAACCCUAAGCCCCGAGUCCUCUUCUCCUCCCCAAAACAAGCUGAGGAUUACCUUGGCAGGAGCACAAGAAUGGCGUCGUCUCUGGCCUUCUCCGGAAUCGGCCUAUUGAAUCCCCAUAAAGUUCCUUAUUCCACCAAAACCACGUCGUUUAUACGGUGUAAUAAUUUGUCGGAGUCAUUGAAGUGCAAGGACAAUGGGAGACCAAUAACAGCUGGCCGUGAUCACAACGGCCAAGCGGCGGCGGCGUUUCCCAGCGUUUUGACCACCCCCGAUCAAUUGUUGGACAGAAUACCGGUUCACAAAAGUGAUACGCGGCUUCGUAUUUUCUCCGGCACUGCCAAUCCUUCUUUAUCUCAGGAAAUUGCUUGUUAUAUGGGUCUGGAGCUUGGCAAGAUUAAGAUCAAACGUUUUGCUGAUGGAGAGAUUUAUGUUCAGUUACAAGAGAGUGUUCGAGGGUGUGAUGUAUACCUUGUGCAGCCUACAUGCCCACCAGCAAAUGAAAAUCUUAUGGAGCUCUUGAUAAUGAUUGAUGCUUGCCGGCGAGCAUCAGCAAAAAACAUUACUGCUGUUAUUCCUUAUUUUGGAUAUGCGCGUGCCGACCGGAAGACUCAAGGGCGUGAAUCGAUUGCAGCCAAACUUGUUGCCAAUUUGAUUACUGAAGCAGGUGCAGAUCGCGUCCUAGUAUGUGACCUUCAUUCUGGGCAGUCCAUGGGCUAUUUUGACAUUCCGGUGGAUCAUGUACAUGGCCAGCCCGUCAUACUUGAUUAUCUGGCAAGCAAGAGGAUAUGCUCUGAUGAUUUGGUUGUGGUCUCACCGGAUGUUGGUGGAGUUGCUAGAGCAAGAGCUUUUGCCAAAAAGUUAUCUGAUGCUCCUCUGGCAAUUGUGGAUAAAAGGCGUCAUGGACACAAUGUUGCUGAGGUAAUGAAUUUGAUUGGUGACGUUCGGGGGAAGGUGGCAGUGAUGGUGGAUGACAUGAUCGACACUGCUGGAACUAUUGCAAAAGGAGCUGCUCUCUUGCAUCAAGAAGGGGCUAGGGAGGUUUAUGCUUGCAGCACUCAUGCUGUUUUCAGUCCUCCUGCUGUUGAGAGAUUAUCAAGUGGGCUAUUUCAGGAGGUUAUCAUAACAAACACCAUUCCAGUGGCAGAGCAGAACUAUUUUCCACAGCUUACAAUUCUAUCUGUUUCAAACCUUUUGGGCGAAACUAUAUGGCGUGUGCAUGAUGAUUGUGCUGGCGGAUUUGAACCUUACUCAAGCUUGGGCAUCGACUGAUGAGUUUCUCACCGCUCACGACACUUGACUUGGUGAUUGCAGUUUCCAAACACUUUGAAAGGAGCCUUAUGGACUAACAAUUUCAUCAAAAUAAGUGGUAUUCCUUUUGUACAAAAAUCUGUCGAGGGACCUGAUAUUUAGAUGUUACAAAAUGGAAUUUGUUUGUGUAAAUGUUAUUUCACUAUAUUAUGCUAUAUCUAUAUAAAUGAAUUUUGGUUUGGUAGUUGAA